AUGGAUGUUUCUUUGAAAGAAUAUCAUGUCUCUGGAUGCAAGAAAAAGAUAAGAAAUUCUACAGGCGUACAGCUCAUCGAGUGCCUCACUCCACCUGAACUUGGUGGAGUGCCUCACUCCACCUCUCAGGCGGUGUUGAAGGUCAGCAGCUGCAGGGCUCAGUCUCUGCAGAGACAGAUGGCAAAGGCCCCUGUUGCUCAGUCAUUGACAGUGCAAUUGACAGAGAAACUGAGCCUCGGGCAUCUUGUCUACCUGUGCAAGAGGGAGGAGGCAGUCACGCUUGGCCAGGCGGUCCUCUGCUUCCAGCGAAAGCUUACAUUGAGCCUGCGCCUGGGCUGGGCCGACGCCUGUAUUUUAAAUAAUGCCGUAAGCGUGUUAUCCUGCACGGUGAAAGCACAAGCAGAACUGAAGUCUGUUCGUCUCCUUCUAGCUCCGGCUUCAGACCACUUCCCCGCGUGCGCUGCCAUAACUGAUCUCAGGAUUUUAAAUACCAUUCAAGUGCUGGUUACAUGUCUGCAAGACUUUUUUGGUGAUGAUGAUGUGUUUAUUGCAUGUGGACCUGAAAAAUUCCGUUACGCGCAAGAUGACUUUGUCCUGGAUCACAGUGAGUGCCGUGUCUUGAAGUCAUCUUAUUCUCGCUCCUCAGCUGUUAAAUAUUCCGGAUCCAAGAGCCCUGGGCCUUCUCGACGCAGCAAAUCACCAGCUUCAGUAAAGAGGGGUGGCCACUACUCCAGCGCCUACACCACGGCCAAAUCCCCAGUUAAUGGAACUCCCAGCAGCCAGCUUUCCACUCCUAAAUCGACGAAAUCCUCCAGCUCCUCUCCAACCAGCCCAGGAAGUUUCAGAGGAUUAAAGCAGGUUUCUGCACAUGGCCGAUCUUCUUCCAAUGUCAACGGAGGGCCUGAAGUUGACCGUUGCCUGAGUCCUGAAGGUGUGAAUGGGAACAGGUGCUCUGAGUCAUCCACUCUUCUUGAGAAAUACAAAAUUGGGAAAGUUAUUGGAGAUGGCAAUUUUGCAGUCGUCAAAGAGUGCAUGGACAGGUCAACCGGAAAGGAGUUUGCCCUGAAGAUUAUAGACAAAGCCAAAUGUUGUGGAAAGGAACAUCUGAUUGAGAACGAAGUGUCGAUCCUGCGCAGAGUGAAGCAUCCGAACAUCAUCAUGCUGAUUGAGGAGAUGGAGACGGCCACCGAGCUCUUCCUGGUGAUGGAACUGGUCAAGGGUGGAGAUCUCUUCGAUGCAAUUACUUCCUCAACCAAGUAUACGGAGAGGGACGGGAGCGCCAUGGUGUACAACCUGGCCAACGCCCUCCGGUACCUGCACGCCCUCAACAUCGUGCACCGGGACAUCAAGCCCGAGAACCUCCUGGUGUGUGAAUAUCCUGAUGGGACCAAGUCUCUGAAACUGGGAGACUUCGGGCUGGCCACUGUGGUGGAAGGCCCACUGUACACCGUCUGCGGCACCCCGACUUACGUGGCCCCCGAAAUCAUUGCUGAAACCGGCUACGGCCUGAAGGUGGACGUCUGGGCGGCCGGCGUGAUCACGUACAUUCUGCUCUGCGGCUUCCCGCCCUUCCGGAGUGAGAACAACCUCCAGGAGGAUCUCUUUGACCAGAUCUUGGCCGGGAAGCUGGAGUUCCCAGCCCCCUACUGGGACAACAUCACAGACUCGGCCAAGGAGUUAAUCAGUCAGAUGCUUCAGGUCAAUGUUGAAGCGCGGUGCACAGCAGGACAGAUCCUGAGCCACCCCUGGGUGUCCGAUGACGCCUCCCAGGAGAAUAAUAUGCAAGCUGAAGUAACAGGUAAACUCAAACAGCACUUUAAUAACGCGCUCCCCAAACAGAACAGCACGACCACCGGGGUCUCCGUCAUCAUGAACACGGCUCUAGAUAAGGAGGGCCAGAUCUUCGGCAGCAAGCUUGGCGCCGACGGCUCGGGGACCUGGCGCCGUCACCGCGACUGA